GAACCUAACAGAACCUCCAUGAGAGCAACGUUAAAAGUCGCGUACACGCCGUAACAGCAAGUGGAGAGCUAUCAAGAAUUUUUAUUCAUUAGAAACGUGUGUUUAAAGAAUCUCUACAAGGAAAAUAUUCCUGUGACUGAAUGGCUGUCACCGAUCUCAGUUCCCAGCUAGAAUAUGAAGAUUGCAUUAAGUCACAGGAUCUCUCUGUUAUUCAUUUCUAUGCACCAUGGGCUGAUCAGUGUUCCCAAAUAAAUGAUGUGAUCAGCGAAAUGAGCAAACUACCCGAGUGUAAGGGAGUUAAAUUUGCUAAGAUUGAGGCUGAGAAGGUACCAGAGGUGUCUUUGAAAGCUGGUAUUACUGCUGUACCAACAGUCAUUCUGGCAAGAAACAGCACUAUAGUAGACAGAGUGGAUGGAGCUAAUCCCUCUGCUAUAGCAGAGAAAGUAAAGAGCCAUUCUGCCAGCAAAAAUUCUAUUCCAAUUGAUGUCUGUAAAUCGCAAGUGAAUCUUGAAGAUAGGCUAAAAAACUUGAUAAAUCGAGCACCUUGUAUGCUAUUCAUGAAAGGAAAUCCUGCCAAUCCACGCUGUGGAUUUUCUAAAACAAUAGUCGCACUCUUAGAUUCCUAUAAAGCAGAUUAUCAAACGUUUGAUAUUUUGCAAGACAAUGAUGUCAGAGAAGGACUUAAGAAGUUCAGUAAUUGGCCGACGUAUCCACAGCUCUACGUGAACGGAGAAUUAAUCGGUGGUUUGGAUAUCGUAAGAGAAAUGAGCGAAUCUGGAGAAUUAGAAAGCAUGCUGCCUAAGAAGAGUUAAUGUAUAAGUAAAAUGUUAAGGAAGGCUGGUGACUAUUUUAAUAUCGUUGCUCUUAAAUUAUUUUCUAUCAGUUGUAAAAACUUUGGUCAUUUCAUCCUCUGAAAUAUGUAAUAAAUUAAAUUACCCACA